AUGAAUAUUUUCCUUCCCUUAAUUUGACUGAUUAUCAAACUUUUCCUGAUAGAAAACUGAUUGAAAUGUUUAAAAUAAGGAGGGAAGGAGUCCAUUUAAUAGAUGCUGGAAAAUACUCCUUUUUUCUCGAUUUCAGUAAAUCGAUAUUAGAAAAACUGGAAACGAAAUGGGAACUAAAAACAGCUAAGCAUUUUUUGAAACAUCUCAAGGCAUAUUAUGACUACACGCAAAAAUCUCUUUUUCCUGCUUUCGACUAUUGGGAUCCCGGGAACGUAACAUUUGAGAAACCUCCUAUAGUUUAUGAUACUACAUCUCUGGAAUGCUACUUCAUGCGUUCAGUGAAGGAGGAGGCAGGUCCGAAGUUUAUGAAGAUUCUGUUGGAAAACCAUUGUGCAGAUUCCAGUCUCGUUGCGGAAGUUUUUCAUACAUCGUGCGUGCGUGAUUUCUAUAGAAUGUGUCCUUUAUUUAUGUAUAAAGCUGCACUAAUGGAAUAUAUUUUAUACCACUGGAAGAAAGAAAAGUAUCCUAUUACCCACCUUUUUGAUGGCCUUCGGGAAGAGUACCCAUAUAAAGUACUAAUUCGAACUAGUCCAAAACACUUGCUUGUACUCUUGAAAUACGGCUUCAAAUUUAUAUUCAAGGCGGAAUGGAAGUCUCUCAUGUUUUUACAGUUUUAUCCAUCAGAUGUCAGGCAGACAUGGCAAGUUCCUGCCAUUUUACGAAGAAGACGGACUGAUCUAAAUCCAAGAGAAACUAUUAUUUUCGAUAUUUUUGCUCACUUCAUAACUUGGAGUGCUCCACAGUUUACUGCUUACAUGGAGUGUGUGAGGAAUAUCUGGAGAUCUGUUCCCGAUGCCUUUAUUUCAUUCGACGAAAUUAGAGAUUUGCUGCUCAGAAACGAAGUCACGAAUGUGGAGGAGAUCUGCGACACACUCCGGAAACAUGAGUUCAGCAGUUUUGAUACUAUCCAUCAGCCGAGAUGCCUAUCACACUAUUCCCGAUGUGUGAUUAGAAGUGCAUUGAUGCGCAAUUCUCACUUGCCAGACGGCAUUUCACAUCUGGGCUUGCCUAAGCGAUUAGAAGCCUACCUAAACCUGGAACUGGAUUAGUUCUUGUAUUCCAAAAGCAUCUGUAUAUGGCUGAAAUAUUUUAAUGAUAAUAAAGAA